CUCUGUUCCACCCCGCAUACACAGCGCGUCAUCCCGCGCUCAACCCCACGCUCCGCCUCGUACGCGCCCAGUCCCCCGACCAGCUAUUCCCUCGCAGCUGAAACUCGUGCAGCAGCUGCAGCUACAUCCACAUCACCGAAGCCGAGCUCUCCGCAGUCGACAGCCGUCGGUCCCACCGGCUCCACAACUAGCUUGUCUUGUCCAUUUCCAAACGCCUCGCCCCACACGUCGAGGCCGGCGGACAUCCCUACACAGGCGAUCUCGCACACUCUGCUUGCCCGGCUUGCCCACAUCUCGUGCACGGUGACACGUGCAACCUAGACACACGCGCACGCGCACAAACAGGUCUCGUCGACAUGGCAUCAUCGACAUCAGACGCACAGGCACAGCCGCUGCCUACCAACCUCAAGCUCUUGCUCAUCGGCAACUCGAGCGUCGGCAAGUCUUCCCUCCUGUUGCGAUUCACCGACGACGACUUCCUGUCAGAGGAAGAGACUGCCGCGACGAUUGGUGUAGACUUCAAGGUCAAGAGCAUUGAGCUCGAUGGCCGGAGGUACAAGCUGUCCAUCUGGGACACGGCAGGGCAGGAGCGUUUCCGCACCCUCACGUCGAGCUAUUAUCGCGGCGCACAGGGCGUCAUCUUGGUCUACGAUGUGGCGUCGCGCCCGACGUUUGACGAGUUGAUCAAGUGGUUCCGCGAGAUCGAGACGUACUGUGCCGAGGACGUGGUCAAGGUGAUCGUGGGCAACAAGGUGGACAAAGAGUUCUCGCGCCAGGUGUCGACGGAAGAGGGCCAGGCGUUUGCCGACCGCAUGGGCACGCUCUUUGUCGAGUGCUCUGCCAAGACAAACUUUGGCGUGACCGAGGCCUUCCAGGAGCUCGUUCGCAGAAUUCUCGCGACACCAUCGCUGUGGACCCGUGGCCCGCAGCCCGUCCGUUCGCCGCAGGCAGUCAACCUCAACGACGACAGCGGCAGCUACCUUGGCGGCUGCGCGUGCUAGACUAGACAUACGCAGCUCAUGGUACCGCCUCUCCUCGCCGCUUAGAACCCUUCCAUCGCACCCGGGGCCAGUGCGCGUGGCACGCCACCCACGCGCCGGCCCGUUCAUCGCAUCGCAUGUUGCUGCCUGCUACGUGCCGGUAAGACCGGCGCGCGCAGCGCUAGCUGUUGUACACUGCCCGCAAUAUACGCUUUGAUACAGAGUAG